CAGGCACACCUGGAUUAAUCAGUCUGUCCAAUAAUAGCAGACAGGAAAUCAAGGAGCUGACUGAAGUUCAGGAAGUAGUGAAGCUGUGCAUAGAGCCUAUUGGGGAAGCUGAGCACAUAUUACUGAGCGGACUGGGCGAAACGGAAUGGUAUUCCACACUGAGUUGUUGGCAGCCACCACAGGUGGAUCUUAAUUAGCUAGGGCGAGUUCAUGUUACGCUCGGGACUGGAGCUAAUGGAACGAAACAGAAUGGUAUUGCAUACUGGUAGGGCUGGGAUAAACGAUUAUUUUUUAAAUGAUUAAUCUAGCGAUUAUUUUUUGACGCAUCGAUUAAUCUAACGAUUAAUUUUUUCAGACUGAUUCGAUUUCGAUUAUCUCCCCAUUAAUUGACUACUAACAAUUUAUACAUGUUGAUUUACAUAUCUGAAUGAAAAAAACAUGAAAUCCUUAACAUUGCAAUAUAUGUUUAUUGCUCUUAAAAUUACAAAAUAAAAGACUGACUAAGAAUGCAUUACUUUGCACUUGUAUAGAGAUAGCAUUCAAUAAAACCUUGAAGCCUUAAACACAUAGCUUACUGAAACAAGCUUACUGAACACAUAGGGCCUAGCUUACUGAAAAAAAAGUUCUUCUUUCAGAUGAAAAUAACAACUUGAUGUCUAGCAUUCAAUAAAAAAGGUCACCCAAAAUACUUGUUUAGAGCAAUUGAAAGAAUACAGUAACCAAUGUAAACUUGAGGGCUUUAAGCUAAUACAGAGAGUGCUUUUUAAAAAAAAAAAAAAAAAAAAAUUAACAGUGGGCCAGCAGCCUGUCAUGGAGAAAUUUUUUUUUUCGAAUGCUCCACGUGAAACUUUGGCGUUCCGCCCUUUUUCUAUCGUGUCUAAUGAUUUUGGUUAAUAUGCACGAGCGCUCGUGUAGUUUGAAGACUGUGAGUGUAAGAAAGGCGCAAUACAAAUAAAAUGUAUUAUUAUUAUUAUAAUUAUUAUUGGUUAAUAUGCACGAGGGAGAGAGAGCAAGACAGCGCUCGUGUAGUUUGAAGACUGUGAGUGCGCGCGCGCAGCCGGGUCUCUCUCUCGUACGCGCCCUGUCAGGCGCACCAGUCAUUCUAUUCUACAUCACUCACCGAUCAAAUAAGGCUUUGACAGCCGCCAAAAAAAAAAAAAAAGAUCAAUGCAGAAAAACACCUGGAUUGGUUAUAUAACGUUGGACAGAAUGUUGAUCCGGCCAUCGCGUAUAUUCAGCGCACAUAAGGUAAACGUUUUGCAAACGUUUUUUUAAAGAAAUAAAAACGGGUCGACGAAUGGAUGCGCAUAUUUUGCGUCGACGUCAUCGAUGACCUCGACGCGUUGUCCCAGCCCUACAUACUGGGUUUUGUGCGUUGCGGCCCGUUCCAUAAGCUCCAGUCCCGAGCAUAACAUGAACCCGCCCUAGCAAAUUAAGAUCUACCGGCCGCAGCUGCCACCAACUCAGCGUGCGACACCAUCCUGUUUCUCCCAGUCCGGUCAUUAAUAUGAGCUCAGCUUCCCCAAUUAAGAUCCACCGAUCGCCAGUUCUCAAACUGUUUUCAUUUCAAGGACCCCCAGUUUGAUAUGCAACGUAGAACCUAACAUUAGCCAUUAGCUAACUUAGCCAACAAUCCCAUUUUCGACGGGCUGAAUACAGUUCGGAGUUUCUUUGUCAAUUACUUGUUGGACAGACACCUAAUUACCUAAUCCCCACCUUCCAUUAUUAUGAUAAUGUCAAAAGAAUUUCAUUCUUACCUCUUCAGCGUGGCAGGGGCAAAAGCCAACAGGUGCAGCAGCAGUGACCAACGCACUUCUCUCACCCCAGCGAAAUUACGAAUUGGCGCCAAGACCCGCCCUCCAAUCUCUGGCGGUUGACAACUUGUUGUUGUAUUACCGCCACCGCUGGACUGGAGUAUACCCACAGAUUAUAUUUCCUUUAUACUAUUAAAUUAUUUUUAAAAGCCCUGUAUUCUUUAAAAAAGAUAACAAAAAAUGUAUUUGUUCAGGUCCUAUCCCCUGACCAAUCCGCUAUCCUAACCUUAACCACUCGAGGUGAAAAGUCUAAUCAAUCGACCGUGAGCCAUGCAAUGAGCUGCUUCGUAGGGCGGGUCUUGGCGCUACCGGUCACGUCUCCCGCGCGUGCAAUGUUCAGCUUCUUCUUUUUUCGGCGGUUACUGCACUGCCCGCUGUGGAGUGUGGGGCAGAAAUGGCUCGAGUUUGGAAGAAACAGCAAAGCUCUCUGUAAAGGAUAACGACUAACGGUAAGUAGUGGUAAUAGUAAUAACGGACACUUUUAUCACACAUGAUGUAGGAUUCUUGGAGUAACGUCACCGCAUUGCGAAUGCCACAUUCAAGGGGCUACCACUAGCUAUGCUAACGUUACUUAGCUACACCUAGCUAAUAGGCCUACUGUAAAUGUUUGUCUACAGAACUCUAGUCUGACUAUCACCAGACCAAGUUCAAGAAUCAAAUCGCCGGCAGAGAGAGUGGAAUUAUUUGGCACAAAACAUGUCUUAGUGACAUUGAAACUCUGGUAUUCAUUCAAUGGUGAUCAUAAGCCGAGCUGUAUUUGUUCUUGAUCAUUUAUAUUUCAUGCUACUACAUAAUUAAUAGAUUAUUUAUAAAAAAUAUCAGGAGGUAUAAUUUACAUGAGUUAGUAAUAACUUGCAUUAAAUUUACAUUUUGGUGAUCAAUUGGUCAUCAAUGAUCAAUACUUUUGGUACUUAAAGAAUAUGAUGUUAAUAAUUAUUUUGUAGUUUGACUUAAGAUUUUGAAAUUGUGGUACAUAACAGUGCAGUAGCCGAGUAUUAAUAAAACAGCUCUAUAUUAUUUCUGAUACCAGUUAUUGCUAUUAUUGUUAAAAUGACCGUAGUCUCCCUGUUUCCCCCUGCUGUUCAGUAAACAGAAAAUGCAUUUUCGGGAUAUUCAUUUUAUCCAGUUAGGAGAGAGAAUUCAUGCAGGAUGAAGAAUAAACAAGUGAAAGUAGAAGUGUUAAAAUAAGAGAAACUUUAUCUAUCGUAGGGGGAAAUCAAAAUGGUACAAAGAAAUUAACAGAGAAAAUUGGAAGAGGAACAUUGACACUUUCUAAGAAAUGUAUUUCUGUUUACUAAAGAGCUGAUUAGAUGUAAACCUCUGUUACUGAAUAAACACUUCAUCAGAAUAUAGAGUUUUACUUUUACAAAAAGUUCCACUGUAUAUUCCAUUAACUUGGGUCUGUAUUUAUAUAGUAUUGGAGUGUCAAAAUGACCAGACGAAAAUCUGGAAAACGAUGGAGAAGGACUGGUAAUGAAGAAGACCCAAAUAAACGACCAAGACGGGCUGCACAAUUGUCAUCCCUCCCUGCAGCCGCCAGUGUUCAUGUGGAGACUGAUCAGCAAUAUUUAGGAGGUAGCAGCAGCGGAACACAGCAGGGGGGUGUGCCUCCUGGAGGAACCCAAAACGCUGCACUUCAAGGGGAACACGCCCAACAUCCAGGUGUCCAUGCAGGAUGUACCGCACUCACUCUCGGACAUCAAGUCUCUCACCACCUGCCAGCACAAGGUAGCUUGGCACAAGAGAGUAUUUCAACUGUUAACUCUAUCGAAGACAAUGAAGAACCAUCUUCCAGAUCAGCCUUCAGAGAUCCUCCUGAUGACCUAACAACUGAACUACAUGGCAAUGCUGAGUAUGAUCCAUCUCAAUUAUUUGAGGAAGCUCUCCCUGAUGUGGGGGAUUGGACAUAUGAUGAUGGACAUUUGUUCAAUGAGGGAUUUGAAGAGGGUUUGAGUGAGGACUGUGCAGAAGAUUCAAAUUUCAAGGACACAGCACACAAACCAUUAUAUGACAAUGCAUCAAUAACUGUUGCAGAGAGCCUUCUGAUCAUCAUGGCUUACGUAAACUGUCAUAAAGUAACUGAUAAGGCCCUUAGUGAUUUGCUUAAAAUGUUUAAGUUGGUUUGUCCUGAUAGUCUGAAUACAGACUGCUUAAACAGUGUACAGAAGUUAAAAGACUUUUUUUUCUCGCAUGCUGCUUCAUCUCCUAUUGUAUUGCAUAAAUAUUGCAGUACUUGUUUUGGGUCAUUAGAAGGUGAACAAUUACAAUGUCUAUCUUGUGGGACCAGUGUGUCAGAAGAAAGAUCCUCAUCCUUCAUAGAGGUUCCAAUUGAUGCUCAAAUAAGGUCAUUGUUUCUCAAGCCAGGUUUUCAGGAGAAACUUAACUUUAGAUUAAGCAGGAAGAAGACAGAUCCUAACAACAUUGAAGAUAUAUAUGAUGCAGAAAUUUACAAACAGCUUGUAGAUGGGGGUGGUCCUCUUAGUGACCCUAAAAACAUCUCACUUACUUGGAACACAGAUGGGGUACCUAUUUUCAAAUCGUCCAAGUUUUCAGUGUGGCCUUUUUAUUGCAUCAUCAAUGAACUGAGUUUCAUGGAACGCACAAAAAGAGAGAAUAUGAUAUUUGCUGGACUUUGGUAUGGGGACUCAAAACCAUCCAUGGUUACAUUCCUUAGACCACUAGGUGACACACUGAGUAAACUUGCAGAUGAUGGAAUUCUUGUGCAACCUGCAGAGUUGACAUCUGAACCUUUUGUGUGUAAAGUGCUCACCAUUGCUGGAACAUGCGACUUACCUGCUAAAGCAUUAGUCCUUAAUUCAGUGCAAUACAAUGGGAAAUUUGGAUGUCAUAAAUGUGAGCAGCCAGGAGAGACUGUAAAGACAGGGGAAAGGGGACAUGUUCAUGCAUUUCCAUACCAACAUAGAGAUCCAAAAGGCCCACUGCGCACAAAUGAAAAGUUUGCUCUGGAUAUGAAAAUCUCAAAUGAGACCAAAACCCCCGUUAAAGGGGUGAAGGGUCCCUGUUGGCUUAGCAAACUUAAAUGUUAUAACCUUAUCAAAGGCACUGCCAUAGAUUACAUGCACUCAGUCCUUCUUGGAGUAAUGCGCCUUCUGAUGGUUCUGUGGUUUUCUCCAGAGUUUUCUCGUCAGCCCUUCAGCAUGGCAAAAAAUGCAAAGGAAAUUGACAGGCGAUUUCAGGAUAUCUCUCCUCCAUCCUUCACUCGAUAUCCUCGAUUAGUAACAUCUCACAGAAUGUUUUUUAAAGCAUCAGAAUAUCGGGAUAUUUUGCUCUUCUAUGGACCUGUUGUUUUUCGUGGAAUUCUUGCAACACUGUACUACAAGCACUUCCUUCUACUAAGUGAAGCCAUUUUCAUUUUGUUGAUGGAAUCCAUAUCAGUUGAACAGAUUGAUCAUGCAGAGAAACUACUGUGGAACUUUUGUUCCCAAAUGGCUAAUCUAUAUGGUGAGCGGUACGAAACUGCAAAUGUACACCUUCUUGUGCACCUAGCAGACAGUGUGAAGGCCCUUGGUCCAUUAUGGACUCAUUCGUGUUUCCAUUUUGAGGACAAGAAUGGCUAUUUGUUAAGGCUCAUACAUGGCACUCAAAAUAUACCUAUGCAGAUGGUCCAUGCAGUCAAACUUGUGCAGUCUAUUCCUGUUAUUUCACAAACCAUAAAACCAGGGAAUGCCAUAGCUGAAUUUUACACACGGAUGACUAAAGAUGAUAGUUUCUGUCAGGAAAACAAUGAUUUGUCUAGGACCAAACUAUAUGGAGCAUCUAGUGAACUUCAACUGGACACAGUUCAACUCUCUACAUUGGAAAGACAUACUGGUCAUUGCAUCAGUUCUAAAACAGUAAGGAUCUUUCACAGGGCACAAGUUAAGAGAAAUUAUCUCACAUAAAAACACUAUGGGAAAGGCAAUAGAAGAAACAAUUUUACAGUCGUUUUUUCUAGUGAUGGACAAAGAAAGUAUGGACAGAUUGAGUACUUCUUUACCUCAGAACAUUCAUAUGCCAAAUGGGCCCUUGUUCAUGAAUUCAAAGUUGCUGGUUUUUCUUUGCUGAAUGAUAGUGUAACAAAUGGUACAUGCAGUCAUGUUGUUCCCCUAUUGGAAACCUCUGUUAAUACAGUAGUUUCCUUGGAUCAUAUAUUGGGUAAAGUUGUUUUCUUUGACUUGACAUCUAUGCCUGGCAUUGUUUUUGCAGCUAAUUUCCCAAACACACUUGAAAAGUUUUAACCCCUUAAUAUUGGGUUUAUACUGGAUGCAACAGUGGGUCAUGGUCAGGGUGUGUGGUGGCAAGAUGAAUUGCCUCUAUUGUGUUAUCAGGGUGCUUGAAUGAAUUGAAUUAAAACAGCAUGUGCUCUAUUAUGUGUUACACACUCUUUUACUGCUCUAUACAAUAGAGCUUUGCUGUGAAUUCUGUCAAAACAGCACAAUGUCAACAUUUAGAAAGUUCACAAAGGUGUCUUUUGAGCACAUCAUGGCUUAUGUUUUGAUGGGUUACGUUUUGGAACUUAAAAUUGUAAUUAAUGAAUUGUAUGGCUUGUGUCAGAAAUCAACACAUUUUGUAAGUUGAACAUUAUGUAAACCAUCUCAAAUUAUUUGCCUGAAUUGAUUACUUCUUUUCUUAAAUUUUGCGCUGAGAUAAAUUGAGAUAUGAUUGAGCUAUAAUAUUAAAUAAUGUCUCAUAUUGAGACUAAUUUGAGAGCUUGCACUACUCUAUUUUUUUCUUUUUGCUGAAACACUAGAAAGAGACAACUGUAAGAGAAUCUGAGAACUCAAAUAGUGAGCAGUACGAGACAUAUUUCUCACUGAGAUAUAACUGAGAUCAAAUUGAGACAUAUUUGAAAGCGGCACAGUUUGUCUCAUUUUUCUCUUAGUUGAGAUCAGGAAAAGAGACAGCUGUGAGAGAAUUUAGAGAACUUGCACUGUGCUCAAUGUGAGACUUAAUUCUCAGGAGAGACAUUUGAGAAGAAUGAGAAAACCACUUUGGUCUCAAUUAGUGCUCAUUUAUAUCUAGGAGAUGUAAAUGUGACAUAAAGGAGAUCUCAUCUUCAAUUUUGCUUUGCUAUGGGAAAGCAUACUGACUCACUUGGUGAAGUCUGUUUUCUUGGCUCUGCUGAAAUUUUGUCACUCAGUUUUGAGGAGGAAGUUGCAAAUUUUUCAAAGAGGCAAAUUGUUCAAAACAUGCCUAGAGGUACAGAGUUUAACAUCUACUGCCGACUGAUGGUGAACUCUGAGGUCAUUCACUCCACUGAUUACCAAAAACCAGUCAGGUCAGAUGACACUGUAGUUGUUUUGAAUGAUGGAACAUUUGGCAUUGUCAGUAAGAUCGUAACUUUGAGAAUUGAAGAGUCAGAGAGAUGCCUUGUGCUGAAUAAAAGAAAUAUGUCCAGUUGAUGCACCCCUUUUAGAGAAUGGAAGAUCAAGGGUUUUUCUUCCUCAUAUUUUACUGUGCGCUUCUAAUUUUGGUCAGUUAAGGGCAGUUUCACCAACCGAAAUCUUAAAAAAAUGCUUGCACAUUACCUUCACAAAUGAAAAAUACAUCUGCAUCUUUCCAAACACAAUUGAAAGGGACAUUUAAUUGAAUAGAAAAUAUAAACUCUAUAAGAGCACCACAAAAUUACUGUAAAAAGUUAGGUUACAUGUGUGAUAUUGUGUCGCAUGCGCUAUGAUAUUCCACUUUAUUACAUACAGCUAGGUGCAAAAACAAUUAUUUUGAAUAAUUAUAGUAUGUUAGCAUUUUAU